CUCUCCCGCCCUCAAUACCUCCUGUUUCCACAUGUCUCACUACUGUUAUUUAUUGAGUCCUUUUCACAUCUGACCACUUUUCAGUCGGACUGCGAGUCUGUCCUAUAUACAUCUUUCCUUAAUCACCACUUUCCAUUGUCGUUACACGUGGUCCUAGUAUGCAGUUGUCAGUUACUCGCACCAAUUCUCGAAUUACUUGACCAUAACUCGCCGAGUGCAGCUCUUGUGCUUACCUGAAAGACGAAUCGAUAACCUGAGUACCCGAUCAGUCGCAUACUUAACACCAUGCCUGUGAACACUGUCUCAGUAGCUACUGCCGUCACCCCAACAGUAAUCGAAACGUAUAUCUCGCAUUAUCUGAAUCGCAGGCCGCUGCGACAGAAACCAACCGCGCAUAUCUCGUACCACGAGGGCCUCGCGCUUAUUCGCCGGUUCCUGCACUAUGCCUCCUUUCACACCGUCGAGGAAAUACAAGCUUUCACCUCACAAUGGGUUCCGGUCCCGCAUUGGGUUUAUGUCAAGGAGGUCGAGAUCCAGUCAGCCCAGCUUACCCGCGCAGCCGAACACAUCCAAGCGCAACUCGGACCCGAGGGCACCAAGGAGGUCGGAGGAAAGGCAUGGUGGCAAUGGCGACGCGAGAAAUCAACUCUCAAGGCUGAAUGGAUAGAGAUGCGAAAGGACCACGAUGAGCGCAAGAAGGCUGGCCAGCUAAAGGGUCAGCGCAUCAUGCUCUAUGUCCACGGAGGCGCGUACUACUUUGGAAGUGUGGACGAACAUCGCUACCAGAUGCAGAGACAUGCACGCAAGUUGAGGGCGAGAGUACUAGCACCUAGGUACAGACUUGCGCCGCAAUUUCCGUUUCCCUGUGGUCUUCAUGAUUGUCUCGCGGCAUAUUUGUAUUUGUUAGAUGAAGGCUUUAGUCCAUCUACAAUUAUAUUAGCAGGAGACUCUGCUGGAGGCGGAAUGGUAGUCAGCAUGCUGGUUACUCUGCGAGAUCAAGGAGUGCCUCUUCCUGCAGGCGCCGUUUUGAUCAGUCCAUGGGUGGACUUGACGCACUCGUUCCCCAGUCUCGGAGGGGAUGGGAAAAUGGAUUAUAUCCCUUCGCAUGGAUUUGUCCACAAGCCUAGCGUGAGCUGGCCACCCCCGAACGUAGAUGAUCUACUUGCACUUGAACGUGGGCAGCCCGCUAUCGGAGAUAAGGAAAAGACUCCGCGCAUGUCUUUGUCCAGAACCCCCAAGGAAGAGCGCGAGGCGCAGAAGGAAGAGAGAGCACAGCGUGUCCAUGGUUUCUCAGUGACUGAGUCCGAUCGACCGGAUAUGGAUGCUCUAAAAGCCAAAGAGGUGGCUGAAGACAUUUACGUAUCUCCAGACGGGAAGUAUAGCAUAGGCCCGGGAUCUACUCUGUCCGUCCAGCUUGAUACCACCCGGGUCGAGAUCAAAGACCAGAUUCAGAUGUACGCCUCCAAUCAUCUGCUCACACAUCCGCUAGUGUCGCCCGCUCUGCAACCCACAUUAGGAGGACUUCCGCCGCUGCUGAUCCAGGUAGGAGGUGGAGAACUGCUGCGUGAUGAACAGAUCUAUUUGGCGCACAAGGCCGCUCAACCAUUGGCAUACCUGCCUCCACCCUCUAACCACCUGACAGCGGAGGCUAUCGAAGCCCAAGCCGCUCGAUAUCGUCCAACAAAUGUACAACUGCAGGUAUGGGAUGACCUAUGCCAUGUUGCACCCACCCUCAGCUUCACGCGCCCUGCGAAAUACAUGUAUCGCAGCAUUGCUCAGUUCGGAGCGUGGGCGCUUGCUCGAGCGCAAAAGACCUCUAUCGAUAUCCUGGACGAUGACAGUAUUUCAUUUGUCAGUGGUGGCUCCUCGGUAUCCUCUGCUACCACACAGGCCGACAGCGAGCUGGCAGCAGAAGAUAUUAAGCUAUCAAUGCCGCAAAGCGCUCAGCACGUUGGCUUUGAAAGUGUUAACAAGAUAGACAAGGACCCUAGAGUGGGUAAAGCUGGCGAUCCUCUUCCGGCUUUUGAAAAUCACAUGAUUCGACAACGAGUAGAUCGUCACGGACACAUCCAGCCACUUGCACCUCGCGAAGAAUUUGCCGCACUCAACAUGGCUUGCAUCGAGAUUGGCGUACCAAAGCCAGGGCCCGUCGGUAAAUGGAUGGAAGCCCAAAAGACGUGGAACGGCAAAUUCGCGAAGGAGAAGUUAAAGAUUCAAAAGAAGAGAGUUAAAGACCUCGCAAAAGGAUAUGAGGGCUUCGAUGGAGAAACGCCACCUCCGACUGCAUUGGCUGGAAGACGGGUGAAGGGCUUCAAGGCCGUGAAGAGCAGGAAGAAGAAGAGUUGGGGAAUGGCACUUUGGAGCUUGUGGGGUAGCAAGCACGAUGAGAUGACCAUUGUGCGCGAGGAGAAGGCUGAACACGGCCCUGAUCAGGAGGCGUCAACGACAACCGCCCAGCCCACUGAUGGCGCGACUGACAAUGUCUCUACUGCCACCGACACACCAGCUCCCAAACUACCUGCUAAGUCGCCGCGCCGCACGUUCUCGCGAAAACGAGGCCUCUCGAUCCCUAAGGAUAUAUCUCGCUCGCGCUCUCGAUCACGCCACAGCACCGUCACUGAUAGAGGUCAAGCCCUCAACUCGGUGGAAGAUCUCAAUCAUCUCAACCACCUCGCACCUCCGAACCCUAACCUUGCAGAGGCGACGAAAUGCGCUCCCGAGCGACAUGCAAGCCCCUUGCCGUCGCCGCGAAGUGAGGCUGAGUCGUUCGCCGCUCCCGCGCCAGAUAUACGUGUAGAAGACAUGUCGCGCCCACAAUCACCUGAGACCUUGAUUCCUUCUACAGAUGGACUAAGCACAAGACCAACUCGAGGUGGAAUAGCAUACCCGUUCAGUUUGAGGGUAGAGGGUGAUGGUAGGGAAGUCAAUGCUAGUACGGUAACCCUGCAAAGUCUCAAUGUUGCCACGCCACUGGCAGACGACACCGAUCUAGAAAUUGAGAACGAAAAGACACCCGAGAUAGAACAAGAGCCCGGGGAGCGCCCUGGUAUGGAGCGUUUCGUAACGGCAGAUGUUGGGGAAUUGCUGUCCAAUAUGCCCAACACCGAGAAAAAUGUACAAGAACUGGAGAGGCCUGGGGUGGAGAGAUUUGAGACAGCACAAGAGGACCUGAAUACGCUAGCCAAUGGCACUGCAAAGGUUUAAAGCAGGGGGGAAGCGUAGUUGGCAUAGGUGGAGGAAGAUUGUUCUGCGUUAUUGAUACCCAUUCUUCAUUUUUACACGUAUACAGCUGUAUUACUUUUCUUGCGUACAUGGCCAUUACUUUAUAGCAUACAAUAUGUGUACAUUAACAUUGCAUAUCCGAUAAGAAAUAGUCCUGG